AUGGACGAGUCCAGAGCUCUUCCGCUUGGCAGUCCUCGCAUCUCAACCGUGGAUGAGAAUUUAGAGGCUGAGAUGAAGCCAGAGAUUCUCAUCGAAGCGGAAGAUGAAUUUAUUGGAGUCGUUACUAGACCCUUAAUACUCGAAGCCUCUGAACGCUUGGAGCAAGUUGGAGAUGCUCCAAUGCAAUAUCCUGAAUCCCAACAGAACAGAGUGGUUGAGCUUAUCAAGCAGCGUAUUUUUCUGACAUCCUAUAAUCCCGAUGAUCAUUGGACGGACCAGCAUACUCGCCAGGUUGAAGAAGAAUUUGUGCAUGGCGAUACGGACAUGUUGAUUAUUAGUCUAUCUGCACGUUACGGCUUACAAAUAGACACAAAGUUCGCCUUACACAGAAAUAGUGAGUUCACAUACUUUGUUCGCCAGCGUCCAGCGCAAGGAAAGAUACUGACACCCGAGAUAUUCGAUGCUUACGUACAGUUUGGCACAGUGUGCGGUCAACCAGUUGAAAGCCUGAUGCGUGUGAUGUCGGCUGUUUAUGCCCCAAUAUUUUCUUCUGUGGAUACUUGGCCCGAUAGUGUACGUAACGACUUUGCUCUACAACUGCAGCGCUUCAUGUCCGCUCUAACAGACGCCCGCUGGAAAAUGGAAAAUAAGACAGUACUGUACAUGCCAACAGAAGGCCUCAACACAUCUCCUACACUUGCUUCCAAGGACAAGGAUCUUGUAAAUAGGUUCGAGAUGAUCGUCAUCCAUUGGACUAGACAAAUCAAAGAAGUUCUUAGUUCUCAAAACUCCUCUGAGGACUUGGAGGGUGCUGGGCCCAUGGAUGAAAUUGACUUCUGGAAGAAUCGGUGUGAUAACUUGACUGGCAUUAGUCAACAGCUAGAUAGGCCAGGAAUAAAACAAAUAACAGACAUACUAACGGUAGCCAAGUCCUCCUAUGUAGUUGCGUUUGUGAAGUUGUCCGAGGAGAUCAAGAUAAAUACACAACAGGCACAAAAUAAUCUCAAGUUUCUUAACUCACUGCGCGGCCUUUGCCAUGAUCUAGCAGAUGCCAGUCCUCGUGAGAUUCCCAAACUCUUACCCAGGAUAAUUAGUCGUAUUCGCAUGAUAUGGACAAACUCUGAUUAUUACAACACCAAGGAAAUCGUAACUGGGAUGUUUAGAAAGCUCUCAAAUGAGAUAAUAAGCAGAUGCUGCUUAGUUAUCUCCCUUGAGAAUAUUUUCCAGGGCAAAGUUUUGUCAAGUUCAGAAAAACUAAAUGACUGUAUAAUGUGCUGUGAAGAAUACAAAGAAAUUUAUACAAAAAUAUCUUAUAUCCAUACCAGAUACAGUAAAAUACCCUGGGAUGCAUUUAAGUCUGGAAUCUUUGCACAGGUCGAUGCCUUUAUCCAGCGCUGUCGAGAUCUAAUUGAGGCAAGAAUCCGAGGCACAGAAAUUCAGGUGAUGUUAACUCACAUCGAGACGAUGUUUCAGAAGCUGAUAGUCAAUCUAUAUGAGAAAAAGAACAGCAUCCUAGAUGUAAAGGCCACUUCCUGGCAUGAUGAGUACAAUCGAUUUAGAAGUGGUAUAAAGGAUCUUGAAGUCAUGAUGCAAAACACUAUUAACACGGCCUUUGACACUGUGACAACCAUUCAACAGGGUGUCGAAGUCUUAGAUGCAUUCGCUCAUCUUCAAAGUAGAGAGGCAAUUCGUCGUACCAUCGACAGCAAGACGCAUAUCGUGGUUAAUAUGUUCAUCGAGGUUUUGAACCAGGUGAAGAAGGAAAUGACGCAACGCAUCAACACUGGAGUUCCGCAGCUCACAGAGUCAAAGUAUUCAGGUCAAGCAAUUUACUGGAGAUUUUUGCGAAAACGAAUGGAGCGUAGCAUGAUUGUAAGCAAUUUCUAA